UGACAUUGACAUUUUGAUCGAGUUGCGGUUGCGUUAAAAAAAACGUAACAAUAUCAAAGCAAACACAUUGCAAAGUAAAAAGAUAGUUAAUUAUAUCUAAAUAUUAUAGAAAAAUAAAUGUUUUAAAUUAAAACCAACAUGCCGGGUUGCGCUUUGCGGCAUUGCAAAACUCGUUACGAUUCAGGCCCGAGAUUCAGCUUGUUUUCAUUUCCACCAACACGAAAUGAAGUAUUCGAAAAGUGGAUACAAUUUGUUCGAAAAGAACGACACGAAAUCCACUGGUUUCCAUCUAGUGCAUCAAAAUUAUGUUCAAAACAUUUUAGAAUGGGUGACAUGCACUUUGGUGUGUCUGGUAGAAGAAUCUUAAGAAGAGGAUCGGUACCCUGUGAAUUUCAGAAUGAUGAUAAGGAAGAUAUUAAAAAUCAAAUAGAAUUUGUUGAAGUCCCAGACGGAUGUAUAGAAAUGAAACCAAACAAAGAGAAAAUCGAAACAGAAGUUACAUUAAAAGCUCAAGUUUGUCUGUUAGAAAAAAGAAAAAUAAUCCAUAUUAACAAAAUAAGAAAAUUAUCCCAGCAAAAUAGAUAUUUUAAACGUAGAUUAUUGGAAUUAAAGGAUUUGGUUAGUUUCUAUAAAAAGAGAUAUAAAAUGGAUAGUAAUGUAUCAAGCAAUGUACAAAAUUAGAACCAGUUGUUAAAAAAAUAAAUUAUGUUAGGUUAAAUAAUUUUUAA